CGCUUGAUGAGCGACACACUGGCAGCGUAUAUGCGAUUGAAGGUGGUACGCAUGCGCUAACGCGGGGCGCAUGUUUUUGAUUUUGAUUUAAGUGGGCUAAAUAGAUUUUGUGAUUUUAAGUGAUGCGACUGAUUGGGUUGGUUGAGAACAGACUAAUCAGAGAGAGGAGUACUGCAAUCCCUACACAUCUUUCAGUAUUAAUUACUUUAAGAUUUUUGGCCGAAGGAGGUCUACAAAAAGGUUUCGCACAAGAUUUUGUACAUCCUGUAAGCCAGAGUACAGCUAGUCAAUGCAUUGCUCGAGUCAUUGAUACUAUUAAUCAUUUAGCAGAUGACUUUAUACGCUUUCCUGGAACAGAAGGGCAAAGAGAACAUAAUUCAAACCGCUUUCAAAGGACUACUAGGAUUCCUGGUAUUAUUGGGGCUGUUGAUGGUUUUAUGGUGACGUUUUAUAGGCCAACAAUAAACGAAGAAGCAUUUUUUAACUAUCGUGUAGGAACUUCCAUGAAUGUACAAAUAAUUGUAGACUCCGACUAUAACAUCCUCAAUAUUCGAGUAUGUCCUGGAAGUAAUAACGACCGGUUCGUCUGGCAAUUUUCAGAAGCUAAAGAAUACAUGGAAGAUCUACGGGCAGAUGAAAAUUUUCCUAAUCGUUACUAUAUAAUAGGAGAUAGUGGCUACACUCCCUCUCGGGUAUUAUUAACACCGGAUCUCAAUGCAGCAGAAGGAUCUCCAGCUCAUGUAUAUACAUUAGAGCAUGUAAGGACUCGAUGCAUUGUGGAGCGUACUAUUGGAAUACUUACCAAUGUGUGGUUAGUUAUUAAUCGAAGUAGAAAAUUGCAUUAUUCUCCAGAAGCAGUAGUAAAUAUUAUUCAUGCUUGUGCUGUUUUGCACAAUUUUCGAAGAAGACAAGGCAUUUUAGAUGAAAAUGAUCAUAAUUUUCAGCCUGCAGAGCUUCGUGAUGAUGUUAAUAGGAGAGGAAGAGGAGAAGCAGCAGAAUAUGCAGCAGGAAUUGCAGAAAGAAACCAUAUUAUUACACAGCAUUUUAUGUAGAUUGUAACAAUUUAUUUUAUUCUUUUUAUAAAUAAAACUUGUGUUCUGGCAUCGUAUAUUGUGGAAUGUAGUAGAUUUUUUUUAUCAUAAAAAAUUAGUUAAGCAUUUCGAUUAAUAUUAAAUUAAAUUAAUUAAAUAAAUUAAAUUGAUUAAUUCACAUAUGGGGAAUAGCAUGUCACCUUCGAAUUUAAAUUAAAUGUAUGAGUCGCCAUUCAUGUCACGAGAUACGAGUGCGCUAUAGUCAUAGUCGUAGUGCGUGUGUCUACGAGCCAACACAAAAUCUCUAAUAAAAAUUCUGUGAGAUAGGGGAUAUGAGACGAUUAUUGUUUUCUCAAUUGUCACAUUUCCUUAAACUCGUCGAGGUUUAUGUAAAUCCGCCCAAAAACGUACUAUCAAUGCUAAAAACAUCGCGUUGCGCAUGCGCAUUGGUAUCUGUUUUAUCAUCAUGUGUCGUGACAGGACGACACACUGGUCUGUGUCGCUGGUUUGACUGUCUCACACGACACGCUUAGACAAUAAGGCCCCAGUUGUCGGACUUCUGUGGCGUUCUGACGACGUUGCCCACUCUGCAAAACUGGUAGACACGACACGAUUGUGCGGCCCAGGAACAUGCGAAUCGAGCAAGAACUGGAGGAGAACGGCGCGUCGCGAUCCACGUGAGAUUGGAAUACGCCUCUUUCCUAUUCUUUCUCGGCUUUUUGCACGGUUUUUACUGCGCGGCGGCCGCGGAAGAGUCGAGUUGAGAGCUGCUCCGAAAUGUAAACGGCUGUAUGUAUAUAUAUAUAUAUAUAUAUAUAUGUCUGAUCUGCACCGCAACUGAUUGUGCACAUAGAGAAAACGGAGCAUAAUUCGCAGCAUGACGUCAACAAGCGGGAACUCCCGGUUAGCUGACUCGAUCGAUAACAACUCUUUGACUUCAGCGUGUAUGUCUGUAUGUACAGAUGUUUUGAUAAUAAAAUCUUAUACAUUUUAA